AUGCAGACUCUGGCUCGACAUGCGUGUCGCAUACGCAGUCUACGCUCUCCAGGAUUCCAAUGGCAAUGCGCGCGUUCGUUCCACGCCAGCGCGAGCUACAGGGAGGUGGUGGAUCUGGCCUACGAGCUCCACGAUAACGGCGGGAAAGCUACUGGUGCGCCAAUUGUUUUCCUACACGGACUGUUCGGGAGCAAGAGGAACAAUCGCAGUAUGAGCAAAGCCCUCGCACGCGAACUCUCCCGUCCCAUCUACAACGUUGACCUCCGCAACCAUGGCGACUCGAGUCACGCCAAAGAACACAACUACACAGCCCUAGCCGAAGACACGGAAGCCUUCAUGAAGAAGCACAGUCUCAAGGACGCCACGCUCAUAGGCCACUCGAUGGGCGCAAAGACCGUCAUGACGGUCGCCCUGCGCAAUCCAGACAACUGCACCGACAUCAUCGCCGUCGACAACGCGCCCGUCGACGCCGCCCUCACCAGCGACUUCCCCCUCUACGUGGAAGGCAUGCGCCGUGUCGAAGAAGCCAAAGCCUCCAGCCUAAAGGAAGCAGACGCCAUCCUCGAGCCGUACGCCAAGGACGUCCCCGUCCGCCAAUUCCUGCUCACCAACCUGAUCCGCCCCGCGCCCAAUGCGCCGCUCAAGUUCCGCAUCCCCGUGCGCACACUGGCGAAUGCGCUGGACGACAUGGCGGAUUUCCCGUUUACGGAUCCGGACAAGACGCGGUUCAAUAAGCGCGCGUUGUUUGUGAGGGGCACGCGGAGUCACUAUGUGCCCGACGAGACGAUUCCGAUUAUUGGGAGGUUUUUCCCGAGGUUUGACCUUGUUGAUAUUGAAUCGGGGCAUUGGGUUAUUACGGAGAAUCCUGAGGCGUUUUUUAGAGCUGUCGUGGAGUUUUUGAAUAAGGAGGAGGAUGACUGAGGACUCGGCCAUUGGAAUUGGAAUUGGAUGAUCAGGCAUUUGGAGGAUUCACAUAUGCACCAAGCGUUGGAGCGUUAAGCAUUUGGUUUGGUAAGCGAUUUGUAUAACACCUAGGAAGAACUCUACUUCUGCUUAUUAGACCAAAGCAUGGAUUACAGCAUUCAGCAUGGAUCUUAUAAAAUGUAUAGAAGCGAGCUCUAGACACGAAUAGUCUAC